AUGGCGUACUGCUUGGUAUUUGUUAAUACGAACAAUGGACAUCCAUUACUUGUUCGCUCAACAAAUAUACUCGAACGAAAUGAGCAUACACCUGAAAUCAUCUUAAAUCUAUUAGAACGGCCAUCAGAUAAUCAAAUUCCACUUGCUCUAAUUGGAAUUCUAACAAGUUCUUAUACAUUUUCAACAAAAUUUGGUAUUACCCUUCGUUCAUGUCAUACAGAUGAUUGUACAAUACAUUUUCAUCAAUAUAAUGAUCAUUUAUUAAUGUGUCUAUUAGAACCGACAGAAUACGAUGUACCAAAUGAAUGUACACAAUAUAAAUUAGUAUUAUUAAGAACUUUAUUUAAUAUGAUUAUAGGAUAUGAAUACAUAGAUAAAAUAAGUCAGACUAAUCCACAAAAAUUAGAAAAUGAUUUAAAUUUAGUUAAAUACUAUGUUGAUACUAUUUUAAAUGAUGAGCGUACUUUUUCAUUUGGAGAUUUAACUCAGUGUGCUGAUACUCUUUGUGGUUUCGAUCGAAAUAUCAUGUAUUCAUGUUUAAAACAAAUCUCGGAUAAUUUACAAUGUGAACAUGUUUCAAUAACAUUAUCAAAUCGUAUAAUUGCAUCAAGUACAGGAUGGUCACGUUUAACUCAAGCUGAACAAUAUAUUUUAACACUUCUUAUUGCAUUAAAUGAUUAUUCGAAUGAUAUUUUACCAACAGUUCGUGAUAUGCCCGUUUAUCUUGAUUCAAUCGAUCGUUCACAUAAUUAUCGUUUACUCUCUAUUCGAGUACUUGGCCAAGUUUAUGUCUCAAUUCUUUGUUCAGCAACACCAAAAAUGAGUGAAUUUGAAAGUACAGUUGAUCGAUAUUGUCAUUCACAAACAGAACAUAUACAAAAUUUAAAUAGUCUUCUAUAUCCACGUUCAUUUCAUGAUAAUAUUAUUUUUGAUCAUAAUGUUCAAGCACUUAUAUAUGUUAACCGACAAACACAUUUCUGUGUUAGUACAUUAGAACCAACAAAGACUUCGACACCAUUAUCAAGAACAAUUAAAAAACAUCGUUAUGGACUUUUAAAACAAUUUUAUAUGGAAAUAGUUCGAAUUGAUAAAGAACAAAUAUUACCAUUGGGUAAUAUAAACAAUGAAACCAAAAUGAAUGAAAUGUAUAUGUUGAAUGACGAUGAUAGUCAAAUUGAACAUAAAUGUUAUUUUCUUCGAGAACAAGAUUAUUUUGAAUUAUAUGUUUUGUUUGAUGUAAACAUUCCGACAAUAGCAUUGAGAGGAAUAGCAAAAAAAACAUUGAUGAUGCUUAGAAAAAAUUUGUAG